UUCGGAGCUGCGAGCAGCGCAGUAAUCAAAAAUUUUCCGAGCUGCGCCGUUGUCCAAGCGAUAAUUUGUUGUUGCGGGCUGGAAAUUCGAAUUUGGAGGCGCAUCAAGGCGCUGCUCGUGGAUUUUUUGCAUUUUUUUUGAGUUCGAAUAGUUCGUUAAUAAGAGUGGCGAUCGAAAAACGUAGUUUAGUUCAAAGUGGCUCAAAAAGCAGAAGCGACGCCAGCGGGCGAAAAAGGAGAUAACCGAAAACGAAAAACACGACAAAGCAACGCUGAAAGAGAGUAAAAAAUGAUCGAACCGUAAAUUCAGAUGGAUGCCAGUACACAGUGCCUAGUAUAUAGCGAUUUGACCAAAACAAACGCCAAGUGAGAGGACGAGGCCGAAAAGCGUUGGAAAGAAGUAAAUAAGCGAUCUUGGCCCGUUGUGGUUGGUGCAGUUGUAACUCGUUUCUUUCGACGCGCGCGUGUAUGAAUCACACCAACACAAAAAACAAACAAUAACAACAAGGCGAUACGGUAAAAUAUGCUAAGUAAAUAGCGAAAGAGAGUUGAAGUUUCAAGCGGGAGAGCGACACCGAGCGCGAGAGCGGAGAGCGCGCGGAGGAAAAAACCUCACAAGUACAUACUGGAAAGCGAUCCCGAUCCUUUUUCCAGGCACGCGGCCGUCUCGCUCGCACCCAUGCCGCCCUAGACCAACUCUUGCUGCAGCUGCCUAACGACCAACAACAACACAGCGAGCCCAGCGCAGGGGCAACAAGGAUGGCGAUAGCUGGAAAACGACGACGAUGAUGAUGAUGCGGUCGCAAAGCGUUGAAAAAGAGUAGCUGGAAACGAAACAGCAGUAGAAAAAUUCCGAAAAAUUCGAAUAAGUACGAAAAUACACAUGUGCAGGGACGAUCGCCCAAGUUACUCAAGUGCAUAUGUGCGUGCGGCAUAGAAAGUGCAUUGCAGCCACCGACAAAGUCAAUAAACUGUCGAAAAUCGACGGCGGUAAUAGUUGUUAAUACGCGAAGAUCGCCAUGAAGGUCACCGUCUGCUUCGGCGACGUCCGCAUUCUGGUUCCCUGCGGUUCCGGCGAACUCCUCGUCAGCGAUCUCGUCAAGGAGGCCACGCGCCGCUACAUCAAGGCAGCCGGCAAGCCCGAUUCCUGGGUGACCGUGACGCACCUGCAGACACAAUCGGGCAUCCUCGAUCCGGACGACUGCGUGCGCGAUGUGGCCGACGACAGGGAGCAGAUAUUGGCCCACUUCGAGGACCCAGGACCGGAUCCGGGAGUUCCGCAGGGAGGCGGCGACGGGGCGUCGGGCAGUUCGUCCGUCGGCACCGGCUCGCCGGACAUCUUCCGUGAUCCCACCAACACGGAGGCGCCCACUUGUCCCAGGGAUCUGUCCACGCCGCACAUCGAGGUAACCAGCACCACAUCGGGCCCGAUGGCUGGACUGGGAGUGGGACUGAUGGUGCGCCGCAGCAGUGAUCCCAAUCUGCUGGCCUCCCUGAAGGCGGAGGGCAGUAACAAACGCUGGUCGGCGGCGGCUCCCCAUUACGCAGGCGGGGACUCCCCGGAGCGCCUGCUGCUGGACAAGGCCGGUGGCCAGCUGUCGCCCCAGUGGGAGGAGGACGACGAUCCCAGUCAGCAGCUGAAGGAACAGCUGCUGCACCAACAGCAGCCUCAUGCAACCAAUGGCGCAGGAGGCUCCUCCGGCAACCAUCAGCCAUUCGCUCGCUCCGGUCGCUUGUCCAUGCAGUUUCUGGGCGAUGGCAAUGGCUACAAGUGGAUGGAGGCGGCCGAGAAGCUGCAGAAUCAGCCGGCAGUCCAGCAGACAUACCAGCAAGGUGGUCAUCAUUCCGGCCACAGCCAAAAUGGUGCCUACUCCAGCAAGUCCCUGCCCAGGGAGAGCAAGCGAAAGGAGCCACUGGGCCAGGCGUACGAGUCCAUCCGGGAGAAGGAUGGCGAGAUGCUGCUGAUCAUCAACGAGUACGGCAGUCCGCUGGGCCUCACUGCUCUGCCGGACAAGGAGCACGGUGGAGGCCUGCUGGUGCAACACGUGGAGCCGGGCAGUCGUGCCGAAAGGGGCCGGCUGCGUCGCGACGAUCGCAUCCUGGAGAUCAAUGGCAUUAAGCUGAUCGGGCUCACCGAGUCGCAGGUCCAGGAGCAACUGAGGCGGGCCUUGGAGAGCUCGGAACUGAGGGUUCGAGUGCUGCGCGGCGAUCGCAACCGCCGCCAGCAGCGCGACUCCAAGGUGGCCGAGAUGGUGGAGGUGGCCACGGUGUCACCCACCCGCAAGCCACACGCUGCCCCCGUCGGCACCUCCCUGCAGGUGGCCAAUACCCGUAAGCUGGGCAGGAAGAUCGAAAUUCUGCUCAAGAAGGGACCCAACGGCCUGGGCUUCUCGGUCACAACACGCGAUAACCCCGCCGGCGGGCAUUGCCCCAUCUACAUCAAGAACAUCCUGCCACGCGGAGCUGCCAUCGAGGAUGGGCGUCUGAAGCCCGGGGAUCGUUUGCUGGAAGUUGAUGGCACUCCUAUGACAGGCAAAACGCAAACGGAUGUGGUGGCCAUUUUGAGGGGCAUGCCAGCGGGAGCCACCGUAAGGAUAGUGGUCUCCCGGCAGCAGGAGCUGGCUGAGCAGGCUGACCAGCCGGCGGAGAAGAGCGCCGGCGUGGCGGUGGCUGCACCAGCUGCUCCACCUGCGGCCGCUGCUUCAGCGCCUCCCAUUCCGGUCCAGAAGUCCAGCAGUGCCCGAUCUCUGUUCACACACCAGCAGCAGUCGCAGCUCAACGAAUCUCAGCACUUUAUCGAUGCGGGCAGCGAGUCGGCGGCUUCGAAUGACAGCCUGCCGCCCAGCAGCAAUAGCUGGCACUCCCGCGAGGAGCUGACCCUCCACAUUCCCGUUCACGACACCGAGAAGGCUGGCUUGGGGGUCAGUGUGAAGGGCAAAACGUGCUCGAAUCUGAACGCUUCUGGAUCAAGUGCCUCCAGCAGCAGCAAUGGACUGAUGAAGCACGACGGCGACUUGGGCAUAUUCGUGAAGAAUGUGAUCCAUGGCGGAGCGGCCUCACGCGAUGGUCGCCUGCGGAUGAACGACCAGCUGCUGAGCGUAAAUGGAGUCUCGCUGCGUGGCCAAAACAACGCCGAGGCCAUGGAGACACUGCGUCGGGCGAUGGUCAACACGCCCGGCAAACACCCUGGCACCAUAACCCUGCUGGUGGGCCGCAAGAUUCUGCGCUCGGCCAGCUCUAGUGACAUCCUGGACCACAGCAACAGCCACAGUCACAGCCAUAGCAACAGUAGCGGCGGCAGCAAUUCGAACGGAAGCGGCAAUAACAACAACAGCAGCUCGAAUGCCAGCGACAAUUCCGGAGCCACGGUCAUCUACCUGAGUCCGGAGAAGCGCGAGCAGCGCUGCAAUGGCGGCGGAAGUGGAGGAAGUGCCGGCAAUGAGAUGAACAGAUGGAGCAACCCCGUUUUGGAUCGCCUAACCGGUGGCAUUUGCUCAUCGAACUCAGCGCAGCCAUCCUCACAGCAGCCAUCGCACCAGCAACAGCAGCAGCAGCCACAUUCCUCCCAGCAGCAACAGCAGCAGCGCCGCCUGCCUGCCGCGCCCAUUUGCAGCAGUGCAGCUCUGAGGAACGAGAGCUACUACAUGGCCACCAACGACAACUGGUCGCCGGCACAGCUGCACCUGCUCACUGGCCAUGGCAACACGGCGCUGCUGAUCGAGGACGACGCCGAGCCCAUGUCACCAACUCUGCCGGCGCGUCCGCACGAUGGGCAGCACUGCAACGCGAGCAGUGCCAAUCCAUCGCAGGUCGCCGGCAUUCAGGGGCCAUCCGCCAAUUCCGUGGUGGUGCCGGGCACACCGUCGACGUCCAGCAACUUCGAUGCCACCUACUCGUCGCAGUUGAGCUUGGAGACCAACUCGGGGGUGGAGCAUUUCUCGCGCGACGCCCUGGGACGCCGCAGCAUCUCGGAGAAGCACCAUGCGGCGCUAGAUGCCCGUGAGACAGGAACCUACCAGCGGAACAAGAAGUUGCGCGAGGAGCGGGAGCGCGAGCGUCGCAUCCAGCUGACCAAGUCGGCUGUGUACGGUGGCUCCAUUGAAUCCCUCACGGCUCGCAUAGCCAGUGCUAAUGCCCAGUUCUCGGGCUAUAAACAUGCCAAGACUGCAUCCAGCAUCGAGCAGAGGGAGACGCAGCAGCAACUGGCGGCCGCCGAGGCGGAGGCCAGGGAUCAGCUGGGCGAUCUGGGCCCAUCGCUGGGCAUGAAGAAGUCCUCGUCGCUGGAGUCGCUGCAGACGAUGGUGCAGGAGCUGCAGAUGUCGGACGAGCCGCGUGGCCAUCAGGCGCUGCGUGCGCCACGUGGGCGUGGCAGGGAGGACAGUCUGCGGGCCGCGGUGGUCAGCGAACCGGAUGCCAGCAAGCCCCGCAAGACCUGGCUUUUGGAGGACGGUGAUCAUGAGGGUGGCUUUGCCUCGCAGCGCAACGGACCCUUCCAGAGCUCCCUGAACGAUGGCAAACAUGGCAGCAAGUCGUCGCGGGCCAAGAAGCCCAGCAUCCUGCGCGGCAUCGGACACAUGUUCCGCUUCGGCAAGAAUCGCAAGGAUGGCGUGGUGCCGGUGGACAACUACGCGGUGACCAUUUCGCCACCCACUUCGGUGGUGUCAUCGCCGCAGGUGCAGCAGCAGCAACAGCAGCAGUUGCAGCAACACCAGCAGCAACAGCAGCAGCAGAUACCCGCCGCUGCGUUGGCAGCGCUGGAGAGGAACGGCAAGCCGCCGGCGUAUCAGCCGCCGCCCCCUCUGCCCGCUCCCAAUGGCGUUGGCAGCAAUGGCAUCCACCAGAACGACAUCUUCAACCAUCGCUAUCAGCAUUACGCCAACUACGAGGACCUGCACCAGCAGCAUCAGCAGCACCAGAUUAGUGGAGACGAGUCCGCCACAUCCAUUUCGGAAACGCUCUCGGAGUCAACGCUCGAGUGCAUGCGACAGCAGGUCAUCCGGCAGCGCAUCAAGGUCGAGGCGGAAAGUCGCCGCCAUCAGCAUUACCAUUCGCAGCGCAGUGCCCGCUCGCAGGACGUGAGCAUGCACUCGACGAGCUCCGGCUCCCAGCCGGGAUCCCUGGCGCAGCCGCAGGCGCAGGCCAACGGGGGAGUGCGGCCCAUGAGCAGCUACUACGAGUACGAGACGGUGCAGCAGCAGCGGGUGGGCAGCAUCAAGCACAGCCACAGCAGCAGCGCCACCUCGUCCUCCUCGUCGCCCAUCAACGUGCCGCACUGGAAGGCGGCGGCCAUGAACGGCUACUCGCCGGCCAGCCUCAACAGCAGUGCCCGCAGUCGGGGUCCCUUCGUCACCCAGGUGACCAUUCGGGAGCAGAGCGUGGGCGGCAUACCCGCCCAUUUGCUGCAGCAGCACCAGCAGCAGCAGCAGCAACAGCAGCCCACCUACCAGACCGUCCAGAAGAUGUCCGGGCCAUCGCAGUACGGCACUGCCGCCGGCUCCCAGCCGCACGCCUCCAAGGUGUGACUAUAGGUGUUGGCGCAGGCGCGCGCCACCCGCGAUGUGCUGGCCGACAACCGGGCCAUUAUCAGCGAGGUGAACGAGGAGGUGGAGGUGUUUUACUUUGCCACCGAGUGCUGAACACAUCGCAAAUUCGAGGGACUUUGUUUAGUUCGGAUAAAAUGGUGUUUCCACACACACGCGCUGGGGGUGGGUUGAUUAGUGUAUCUUUAAGGUGAAACUUUGUAUUCCACAUCAAUUGUGAGCCCAGGAAGUGGACUAUUCACUGGGCGGCAGGAAAAAUACGUUUUAUUUUUUGAGGUCUGAAAAGAAUUUGUAAUUUCACAUAGAGGAACGGUUGCUAUAUUAUUUAUUUAACGUCCUGAUUAGGUAAUGUGCACAUACCUAUCCGUGAUAUUUGGUUAAGCAAACGAAGCCUAGACGUUUUCUUGCUAAACGGAAAGAACCAGGAUAACACUUUCAACGGUCCGCUAGGAGAGGAUAAACUUGAUUUUAUAUUUGUAAAUUCCAAGGCAUAUUAUUUCGAUUCAGAUUUCCAACCAAUUGACCCACCCUGACACACAUCUACGUUAAGUUCACAAUUCACAAUAUAUAAUAUAUAUAUUUACAUAUGUAAACAUUAUCGAGAUAUCAUAGUUUGCGAACCAGAAACCAAGAGAGUAACGAGUAAGGAAGUAAUCCCUGUAAAGCGCUAACCAUUUUCGAGUGCUUAGAUGUAGUUUAAAGUAAGCAAAAUCGAUUUCCGAUUGUAUCAAGCUCUAGCCUAAGUCCAAGUCAAACGCCUUUGUACAUAAUUAGUUUACGCAAAAGCCAACAAGAAGAGAGAACAACAUCAAAUUCCAAAACUACGAAAGGUCUUAAGAAUUUCCAUUGUCAUUUAUACCAUUUUUUUUUGUACCAUUUACUUAUAUAUUUUUUUGAGUUGUACAUAGACUUGUUUGUUUUGUUAAGCUUUAAAGCGGACGCCAUUUUGUGUGUGCAAACGUGUGGAUUUGCAAGAAGCGAAAAGUAAAACUUAAAGCCACCCAUAUACACAUAGCUGUAUGAGUAAGUGAAGCAAUUUUUUUGUUCUAACGAUUAUCGAGCUUAGAAAGGAGGUUUUGUGCAGCCGACCGCGGCCCAGGUCUCUAAAGAAGACAAGCAGCUUAACUUAGUUAUACGAACCAUACGAUUAAGCCGAACUAGUGGGUAAGCCUACAUGUAUAGCGAAUAUGCGACACUUUAAUUUUGUGUACUUUCUAAGUAAUUUGUGCGAUACCGAAUACCGAGUUGCGAAUUAAAAGUUACAAAUUUUCAUAAA